UUUUAUAAAGUUCUAUACUUUUAAUUACAGUAUUAUUAUAAUAAAAUUGUGUAGAAAGAACUAUGGAACCGGAGGUAAUAGACGAUUUUUUUGGAGUGUACCUUCUUUACAAUAUAAAUCCCAAAUAUAAGGGUCGCACAUAUAUUGGUUACACUAGAGAUCCGAAUAGAAGGAUAAUGCAACAUAAUAGAGGUACUUGGGCAGGCGGAGCGUGGAAAACUAGUAACAGGGGACCGUGGAAAAUGGUAAUGAUAGUGCAUGGUUUUCCAAACAACAUUUCUGCAUUGCGGUUCGAAUGGGCCUGGCAGAAUCCGACAACAACAAUACGAUUGCAACACUUAAACCUCAAGAAGAUUCCUAGAAAAGAGACUGAAUACAAAUUUAAACUAAGAGUUUUAUCAGAAAUGCUUAGAGUUGGUCCUUGGUGCAGAUUGCCACUGUUGAUUAGAUGGCUAGAGGAAGAUUUUUAUGAAGACUUUCCUGUCACAAUGAGCAGUGUCGAGGUUCCGAAGAUAACAUUGAAUGAUGGAAACCAAAUUCCUAGUUUAGCAUUAGGAACUUAUGGAUCGGACAGGGACAGAGCAAGAAUGCGACAAGCGAUCAACUGGGCUGUAGAAGCAGGGUACCGUCACAUUGACACAGCAUCUAUGUACCGCAAUGAAGUUGAGAUUGGGCAGGGCAUAGCUGAUGUAGUUAACAAGGGCCUUGUGAAGAGAGAGGACCUAUUUGUUACUACUAAGUUGGGGCACGAUAAGCAUGCAGAGCAAUUGGUGGUGCCCGCACUUCGGGAAUCUUUGAGUCGUCUUGGGCUGGACUAUGUCGAUCUCUAUCUUAUACAUUCUCCUGUGUCUACAACGGCUGACGGUGAUCCCUCCCACAUCGACUACUUGGAAACCUGGCAGGGUAUGGAGGAGGCUAAAAGUCUCGGCCUGGCAAAGUCCAUCGGAGUCUCAAAUUUCAACACCGAACAGAUUGAUAGACUUCUAGCUUACAGCCAUUUUCCACCUGCUGUUAAUCAAAUUGAGGUUCCGAAGAUUGCAUUGAAUGACGGAAACCAAAUUCCUAUUUUAGCAUUAGGAACUUAUGGAUCGGCUAACGACAGAGCAAAAAUGCGACAAGCGAUCAACUGGGCUGUAGAAGCAGGGUACCGUCACAUCGACACAGCAUCUAUCUACGGCAAUGAAGUUGAGAUUGGGCAGGGUAUAGCUGAUGUAGUUAACAAGAGCCUUGUGAAGAGAGAGGACCUAUUUGUGACGACUAAGUUGUGGGACGAUAAGCAUGCAAAGGAUCAGGUGGUGCCCGCACUUCGGGAAUCUUUGAGUCGUCUUGGGCUGGAUUAUGUCGAUCUCUAUCUUAUACAUUCUCCUGAGUCUGCAACGGCUGACGGCACUCCCUCCAACAUCGACUACCUGGAAACCUGGCAGGGUAUGGAGGAGGCUAAAAGACUCGGCCUGGCAAAGUCCAUCGGAGUCUCAAAUUUUAACAUCGAACAGAUUGAUAGACUUCUAGUCAACAGCAGUAUUCCACCUGCUGUUAAUCAAAUUGAGGUUCACCCUUCACGGACUCAAACGCAACUGGUAGCACAUAACCAAGAACAUCAAAUCGUCGUGAUGGCAUACAGCCCUUUCGGUUUCCUCGUCUCCAGAAACCAAACUUACUCAGCACCUCCGAGAGCUGAUGAUCCUGCCCUGAUGAAGAUCGCUCAAAAAUAUGGGAAAACUCCUGGACAAGUCGUAUUAAGAUAUCUGAUUGACCGGGGCACGAUACCGAUCCCAAAAUCUACAGACCAAAACCGUCAGCGGGAAAACAUCGAUGUAUUUGACUUCAAACUCACUUACGAUGAAAUCGAAACUAUUAACAAUUUUAAUAGUAACACCAACAUUUUGUAAAACGUUUGUGAAUAUUACUGGAUCCUGCAC